CCCAAUAAAAUAUUGGGCUGGAAUUAACAUCUAUUCCAAAUCACUCCUCUUCCCCAAUAUAUAAAUUGCUUAAAAAUUUAAACCCUAGCUAGCUUCCUCGCCUUCACUUCCAAUUUAGGGUUUGCACGAGCCGUAGUGCGCCGUUUGCAUCAGGAAGAAAUGGCGGUCCCUUUGCUGUCUAAGAAGAUUGUGAAGAAGCGUGUCAAGAAGUUCAAGAGGCCCCAAAGUGACCGCAAGAUCUCCGUCAAGACAAACUGGCGAAGGCCUAAAGGUAUCGACUCCCGUGUUAGGAGGAAGUUCAAGGGAUGCACUUUGAUGCCCAAUAUUGGUUAUGGGUCCGACAAGAAGACUCGCCACUAUCUUCCCAAUGGGUUUAAGAAAUUUGUCGUGCAUAACGUCCAAGAGCUGGAGCUUCUCAUGAUGCACAACAGGACAUACUGUGCUGAGAUAGCUCAUGAUGUUUCAACAAAGAAGAGGAAGGAAAUUGUCGAGCGGGCGGCACAAUUGGAUGUUGUUGUGACCAACAAAUUGGCUAGGUUGCGCAGCCAGGAGGAUGAGUGAACAUCUCUCCCUGAUGGUUGAUUUUGCUUUUUGGUGUAAUAUUUUUAUUUAUCAUUUAGGGGUUUUUUUUCCUGCAAUUCGGAUCAAAUGGAUUUAAGUUUUAUUUUGACUCUAUUUUUGGUUGUUGCUAUUGAAUCUAAACUCGUUUUCCGAUUCAAAA